CUUUGCAGUUUUUUUCAUUUGAGCUUCUCUCUCUGAUAAGGUCACUUCCUCUGACCCUUUUAUCAAAGCUCAACGCUGCAACGCUCGCCGCCGGUUACUUCCCCAUUUCCCUUCCUUUUUCUGAUUCAAAGACUCAAUUUUUAUUUUCCGGCGUCGACGAUUCAUCUCCUAAAAAUCUCUGCUUUUUCUUUUGAUUUGAGCUGAUUUUGAGAAGAUAGAUAGGUAAUUUAGAGUGAAAAAUGGCUCAGAUUCAGCAUCAGGGUCAGAAUGCCAAUGGUGGAGUAGCUGUUCCCGGUGCUGCUGCUGCGGCUGGAGCUGCGGCGGCGGCUGCCGGAGCGGCGCAGCAAGGGACGACGUCUUUGUAUGUCGGCGAUCUGGAUGCGACAGUGACGGAUUCACAGCUGUUUGAGGCGUUUAGCCAAGCGGGUCAGGUGGUUUCUGUUCGUGUCUGCAGAGACAUGACGACUCGGAGAUCUCUUGGUUACGGCUACGUUAACUAUGCCACUCCUCAAGAUGCUUCCAGGGCACUGAAUGAGCUGAAUUUCAUGGCUCUCAAUGGAAGGGCUAUAAGAGUUAUGUAUUCUGUUCGUGAUCCAAGUCUCCGUAAGAGCGGAGUUGGUAAUAUAUUUAUCAAGAAUCUUGACAAAUCGAUUGAUCACAAAGCACUCCACGAGACAUUUUCAGCCUUUGGUCCCAUUCUAUCUUGCAAAGUGGCUGUUGAUCCCUCUGGUCAGUCGAAAGGCUAUGGGUUUGUGCAGUACGACACUGAUGAAGCAGCUCAGAGAGCCAUUGAUAAACUGAAUGGAAUGCUUCUUAACGAUAAGCAAGUAUAUGUUGGACCUUUUGUUCACAAGCUGCAGAGAGAUCCUUCGGGUGAGAAAGUGAAGUUCACUAAUGUUUAUGUCAAAAACCUCUCCGAGUCCUUGAGUGAUGAAGAGCUGAACAAAGUUUUUGGAGAGUUCGGAGUGACUACUAGUUGUGUUAUCAUGAGAGAUGGUGAAGGCAAGUCUAAAGGCUUUGGAUUUGUCAAUUUUGAGAAUUCGGAUGAUGCAGCCAGAGCUGUUGACGCUCUAAAUGGAAAGACCUUUGACGACAAGGAGUGGUUUGUUGGGAAAGCCCAAAAGAAGUCCGAGAGGGAAACUGAACUCAAACAAAAAUUUGAGCAAAGUUUGAAGGAGGCUGCAGACAAGUCUCAGGGGUCGAACUUGUAUGUUAAGAACUUGGAUGAGAGUGUCACAGAUGAUAAGCUUAGAGAACAUUUUGCUCCCUUUGGAACUAUUACAUCAUGCAAGGUGAUGCGUGACCCCACUGGAGUGAGUAGAGGAUCUGGGUUUGUCGCAUUUUCAACUCCUGAGGAAGCAUCUAGAGCUAUUACAGAGAUGAAUGGAAAAAUGAUUGUUACCAAACCUCUAUAUGUUGCUCUUGCGCAGCGGAAAGAAGACCGCAAAGCUAGGUUACAGGCUCAAUUUUCACAGAUGAGGCCUGUCAAUAUGCCACCUGCGGUUGGUCCUAGGAUGCAAAUGUAUCCACCAGGUGGUCCACCAAUGGGUCAGCAACUCUUCUAUGGUCAAGGACCUCCUGCUAUGAUUCCUCCUCAGCCUGGAUUCGGAUAUCAACAACAGCUUGUACCGGGUAUGAGACCUGGUGGGUCUCCAAUGCCAAACUUCUUCAUGCCUAUGAUGCAACAAGGCCAGCAACAACAACAGCAGCAGCAACAGCAGCAGCAGCAGCGACCUGGUGGUGGUAGAAGAGGAGGAGCUCUUCCACAACAGCAACAACCUUCUCCUAUGAUGCAGCAGCAGAUGCAUCCAAGAGGUCGAAUGUAUCGUUAUCCUCAGCGAGAUGUAAACACAAUGCCUGGUCUUACACCAAACAUGCUUUCUGUUCCAUAUGACGUGUCAAGUGGUGGUGGUGUGCAUCAUCGUGACUCGCCUGCUUCUCAAUCUGUUCCUAUUGGAGCUUUGGCUACACAACUUGCAAAUGCAGCUCCAGAGCAACAGAGAACGAUGCUUGGUGAGAAUCUAUACCCGCUUGUGGAGCAGCUGGAGCCAGAAUCCGCAGCUAAAGUCACGGGAAUGCUUCUUGAAAUGGACCAAACCGAAGUACUUCACUUGCUGGAAUCACCAGAGGCACUUAAAGCUAAAGUUACAGAAGCAAUGGAUGUUCUGAGGAGUGUAGCACAGCAGCAAGCUGGUGGUGCAGCUGAUCAGUUAGCUUCUCUGUCUCUUGGAGACAACAUCGUACCUUGAGAGUUCUAAAGUUAUAUCUGAAAGAGCUCAGUUUAUAUACACUUUAUAAGUGUUUAUUUUCUUAUUUUGGUGAAUCAGAAACAAAGAGUUGUUCUUGAAAGUUUUGGAUUUUGAGUUUUUGUUUUGGGCGAGAGUUUUAGCAUUUUCCUUCUGUGUUUUUGAUUUUCUUAAUACUUUGGGAAGUUUUGUAUUGUUCCUCUCACCUUUUUUUUUAUCUACACAUUGCUCAUUUGAUAGGUCUUGUUUGGCUUUUGUCUAUACUAGUUUUGAGUAUAAAGUUCGGUGUAAAAG